AUGCAAAGGCGCUCCGCUGCUCAUCCAGCCUGCAAGAAGCAGCUGCCAAAGUGCCAGGAGGAGGCAGCGACAGCGGCGCUGCAACGCCCACACCGAGCAGAUGGUGCCGUCAUCCGCUUUGUCGCCACCAUCUCUUGCACCUUGCUCGACCUGUACACCGCUGCAAAGAUGGCUGCUCUUCGCUCGCUUUCUCGAGUUGGCCUUGCUGCCAAGCCUUCGAUGGCUCUGACGCGCUCGUUCCAGACGUCGACGAUCCAGUCAGUGCCCAAGGUGGCUGCUGCCGCUGCACAGGGUGCUGGACCUUCCAAGCCGACCGCGCGCCGAUCGAUCUCGUCGUCCGCACCCGCCUCGAACGCCGGUCCGGAUGGUCCCGUCCCUCUGAUGUCCGUGGCGAACCGCGGCUCGAACCAGCUGUCGCUCGAGACGCCCAAGAACGGCGUGGAGUACGUGCUGUCGUCGAUGGACAAGAUGGCCAACUGGGCGCGCCAGUCGAGUUUCUGGCCCAUGACGUUCGGCCUGGCAUGCUGUGCCGUCGAGAUGAUGCACGUGGCUACGGCGCGAUACGACCAGGACCGUCUGGGUGUCGUGUUCCGUGCAUCGCCGCGUCAGUCGGACUGCAUGAUCGUCGCCGGCACGCUGACCAACAAGAUGGCUCCGGCGCUGAGGAAGGUGUACGAUCAGAUGCCAGAGCCGCGCUGGGUGAUCAGCAUGGGUUCGUGCGCUAACGGAGGCGGAUACUACCACUACUCGUACUCGGUCGUGCGUGGAUGCGACAGGAUCGUGCCCGUCGACCUGUACGUGCCCGGAUGCCCACCCACCGCAGAGGCUCUCCUCUACGGAUUCCUCCAGCUCCACAGGAAGAUCAGGAGGAACAGGAAGACCACUCUGUGGUACCGCAAGUAA